AUGAAGUACCAGCUCAUCUUCACCUUCUUAUUCCUCAUUGCUAUGGUACUAUCAGUACCAGUAAAGGAGUCCAAAAAGCCGGCGUUCGUUGGAUACUGUAACAAAGACAAGGACUGCGAGAAGGAAUGUCAAGACUUUUGUGGGUUGAUCCAUAAUGCUGAUUGUAACAAGUAUCAAUGUGCUGGCAAACGAUGCUAUCAGACGUGUGUCAAACGGACUGAAAAAUAA